AGUGAGCUCAUCGCGCUGGGCCGAGGCUAUAAGAGGGCGCGCGAAGUGCGCGGCGCAGGAGCCGCCGCCAGCGGAGGGCCGGGCGCAGCGGCCUCGGCCGGGGCGGGCACAGGGCCGAGCGGACGGGGGGGGCGCAGGCCCCCCGGGCGGCCGCGGCCACUCCCCCCGCCCGGGCCGGCGCGGCGGGGGAGGCGGAGGAUGGAAACACCCUUCUACGGCGAUGAGGCGCUGAGCGGCCUGGGCGGCGGCGUCAGUAACAGUGGCGGCGGUGGUAGCUUCGCGUCCCCGGGUCGCCUGUUCCCCGGGGCGCCCCCGACGGCGGCGACUGGCAGCAUGAUGAAGAAAGACGCGCUGACGCUGAGCCUGAGCGAGCAGGUGGCGGCGGCGCUCAAGCCCGCGGCCGCGCCGCCCCCGGCCCCCCUGCGCACCGACGGCGCCCCAGGCACGGCUCCCCCCGACGGCCUGCUCGCCUCUCCCGACCUGGGGCUGCUCAAGCUCGCCUCUCCCGAGCUCGAGCGCCUAAUCAUCCAGUCCAACGGGCUGGUCACCACCACGCCGACGAGCACUCAGUUUCUCUACCCCAAGGUGGCGGCCAGCGAGGAGCAGGAGUUUGCCGAGGGCUUCGUCAAGGCCCUGGAGGACUUGCACAAGCAGAACCAGCUGGGCACGGGCGCGGCCUCCGCUGCCGCGGCCGCUGGGGGACCCUCGAGCACGGCUGCGGGCGCCGCGCCUCCUGGCGAGUUGGCCCCGGCGGCAGCCACGCCCGAGGCGCCCGUCUACGCGAACCUGAGCAGCUACGCGGGCGGCACCGGGGGUUCGGGGGGUGCUGCGACGGUCGCCUUCGCCGCCGAGCCUGUGCCCUUCCCUCCGCCGCCGCCCCCAGGCGCGCUGGGGCCGCCCCGCCUGACCGCGCUCAAGGAUGAGCCACAGACGGUGCCCGACGUGCCAAGCUUCGGGGAGAGCCCGCCGUUGUCGCCCAUCGACAUGGACACGCAGGAGCGCAUUAAGGCGGAGCGCAAGCGGCUGCGCAACCGCAUCGCUGCCUCUAAGUGCCGCAAGCGCAAGCUGGAGCGCAUCUCUCGCCUCGAGGAGAAAGUGAAGACGCUCAAGAGCCAGAACACGGAGCUGGCGUCCACAGCGAGCCUGCUGCGGGAGCAGGUGGCGCAGCUCAAGCAGAAGGUCCUCAGCCACGUCAACAGCGGCUGCCAGCUGCUGCCCCAGCACCAGGUGUCCGCGUACUGAGCCCGCGCGCGGGGCGCAUGCGCGGCCCCCCUCCCCGGGAGGCGGGCUCGCUUGGGGGGGGCGUGGGCGCCCCGGACUCGGAGAGGGCGCGGCCCCGGGGACAGCCCCCCAACCCCGAGGGUGCCAGGAUUCCGAGAGGGCGCGGUCCCUGAGGACCCCCCCGAGGGUGCCCAGGACUCGGAGAGGGCGCCUCAGACUCGACAAGCUGGACCCCCCGCUCCCGGGGGGCAAGCGCAUGACCCCCCCCCGCCCUCGCGCUGCCUCUGUUUCCCGAGCGCGGCCACCCAGUGUUGCACAAACCCGCGCGCCCCGGCCGCCCCUUUGUACACCGCCGCCGAAGGGGGCUCCGAGGGGGCGCAGCCUCAAGCCCUGCCUUUCUUUUACUUUUUUUUUUUUUGCCUUUGGAAGAGAGAAGAACAGAGUGUUCGAUUCUGCCCUAUUUAUGUUUCUACUUGGGAACAAACGUUGGUUGUGUGUGUGUGUUUUUUCUUGUGUUGGUUUUUUAAAGAAAUGGGAAGAAGAAAAAAAAAAAAACCUCCCGUCCCUUUCCUCGCUCUUGCUCCCCUCCUUCCGUCCUUCCAAGAUCCCUCCUCCCGCCUUUUUUGUUCUGUUGUUUUGUUUUGCUACGAGUCCACAUUCCUGUUUGUAAUCCUUGGUUCGCCCGGUUUUCUGUUUUCAGUAAAGUCUUGUUACGCCA